UAUGACGCCACAUCCGCUCCUGUCUCCACUCUCCUCGCUUCCGUCCAGUCUCAAGAGUCCUAAGCAGGUUGGAGGUCACCUGAGACCCGCUCUGCGCUCAGCCGCUGCCGCAGCCCGAGCCCCGCGUCCCCGGCUGGGCUCUGCUUCACAUGACGCUGCCCAUGCCCACGAGGAGGUAGGCCUGGGGAGGACAAGAUGGCCCCUGUGCUCCUGUCAGCUGGGACCCCACAGGAAGCAGUGACCUUCAAGGAUGUGCUGGUGGACUUCACCCAGGAAGAAUGGGUGUACCUGGACCUUUCUCAGAAGGAGUUUUACAGGAAUGUAAUGCUGGAGAACUAUACUAACUUGGUCUCCCUGGGACUUGUACUUUCCAAACCAUAUGUCAUCUACCAGUUGGAAAGAAGGGAAGCACCAUGGAUUCCAGAGGGAGACAUGCCAAGCAUUAGCCAUCCAGAUUGGAAAACCCAGCAAAAACUGAAGGAGCCCACUCCAAAGAAAAGCAUUUCCCUGGAACAGCCAUCCCAGGAGAUGCUUCAGAGGGAUCAUCUGCUCUUUUCCCCAUUGGGAGAAUCCAGGAAAUGUGGUGCUGUGCAACAAAGUCAUCUGACCAAUGACGAGAAGCAUUCCUGGCCAGUUACCAUCACACAAAAGAAACAUCCCAAUAAGGCUAGAAUUCACAAACAAACUAGUUAUGACAGAACCCUCAAUCCAGAGCCAAUCUUUCUCCCACAACAGAUAGUAGGAAGGAAUCUGAGUUCAUGUGACACACGUUCAAAGUACUUGAAAAUACAUAGAGAUAGACGAAAAUGUAGUAGUAGAUGCUCAAAGAAAACAGCUAAGUAUGAAUAUGAGACAUGCUCUAAGCAUCAUUCAGCUGUUGGUGGCAGUCCUGGAAUAGGGACUGCAGAGAAAAUUUACCACUGUAAUGGAUAUGAGAAGACCUCCUCAAGAAAACAAUGUAGUCUGCCUGAAACAAUUCAUACUGGAGAGAAACCUUAUACAAGUAAUGAUUGUGUGAGUACCUUUUGCCUCACAACUGAUAUUCCCAAAUAUCAGGACAUUCAAAAUAGUGAAAAACCUUAUCAGUGUAAUGUAUGUGGGAAGACAUUUCGACUAAAAGCCCAACUAAAUCAACAUCGGACAAUUCAUACUGGUGAGAAACCAUAUAAAUGUAAUGAAUGUGGAAAAGCCUUUCGUCUUAAAGGACAACUUAAUGAACAUCAGAAAAUUCAUACUGGUGAGAGACCUUAUAAAUGUAUCGAGUGUGGGAAAGCCUUCUGCAGGCGCUCAAACCUUACUGAACAUCGUAGAAUUCAUAGUGGUGAGAAACCUUAUAAAUGUAAUGAAUGUGGGAAGGCCUUUCAACUCAAAGGACAUCUUAAUGAACAUCAGAAAAUUCAUAGUGGUGAGAAACCUUAUAAAUGUAAUGAAUGUGGGAAGGCCUUCUGUCAUCGCACAUACCUUACUAAACAUCAGAAAAUUCAUUCUGGCCAGAAACCUUAUGAAUGUAAUGAAUGUGGGAGGGCCUUCUGCAUGAGCACAGCUCUAACUGUCCAUCAAAGAAUCCAUACUGGUGAGAAACCCUAUGAAUGUAAUAUAUGUGGGAAAGCCUUUAGAGUUAAAGCCCAGCUUAAUCAACAUCAGUCGAUUCAUACGGGUGAGAAACCAUUUGAAUGUAAUGAAUGUGGAAAGGCCUUUAGACUAAAAGGAUGGCUUACUGAACACCAGAAAAUCCAUAGUGGUGAGAAACCUUAUCAAUGUAGUGAAUGUGGUAAGGCCUUCUGCAAGCGCUCAAACCUCACUGAACAUCAGAGAAUUCAUACUGGAGACAAGCCUUAUGAAUGUAUUGAAUGUCAGAAGGCAUUUAGCCAGAAACUAAAGCUUUUUCAACAUCAGAGAAUUCAUACUGGUGAGAAACCUUAUGAAUGUCAGGAAUGUGGGAGGGCCUUCUGCCUGAGCACAACUCUUACUGAGCACCGGAGAAUUCAUACUGGUGAGAAACCUCAUGAAUGUAUCGAAUGUGGGAAAGCUUUCCGACUAAAAGCACAGCUCAAUCAACAUCGCAGAAUUCAUACUGGAGAAAAGCCUUACAAAUGUAAUCACUGUGGGAAGGCUUUCUGUAAGCAAUCAAACCUUACUGACCAUCAGAAAAUUCAUACUGGAGAGAAACCUCAUGAAUGUAUGGAAUGUGGGAAGGCCUUUAGUCAGAAAAUAAAACUUACUCAACAUCAGACAAUUCAUACUGGUGAGAAACCUUAUGAAUGUAAUGAAUGUGGGAAAUCUUUCCGUCUAAGCACGGGACUUACUGAACACCAGAGAAUUCAUAGUGGUGAGAAACAUUAUGAAUGUAAUGAAUGUGGGAAGACUUUCCGCUUAAAAGCACAGCUUAAUCAACAUUGGAGAAUUCAUACUGGAGAGAAACCUUAUGAAUGUGAUGAAUGUGGAAAGGCCUUUGGACAUAGGUCAGGACUUACUCAACAUCAGAAAAUUCAUACUGGAGAUAAACCUUAUGAAUGUGAUGAAUGUGGGAAGGCAUUCAGAUGGGUCACAGGACUUAGUCAACAUCAGAGAAUUCAUACUGGAGAGAAACCUUAUGAAUGUAAGGAAUGUGGGAAGGCCUUCUACUGGAAUACAGCUCUAACUAAACAUCAGAGAAUGCAUUUUACAAAGAAAUUAUAUGGAUAUAAUGGCUGAGAAAAAGCUUUGCUCCAGAACAAGAUCUUCCUGUAGGUCAGCACUCUAUCCAUAGGUGUCCCUCAGGCUUCUGUAAUGAGCCCUCUUUUCUCUAUAUACUACUUCACUUUGCGAUCUCAUCAGUUCCCAUGGGUUUAAUUACCAUCUUUAUGCUCAUCAUACUCAAAUCUAACUUUUCUGCCCAAGUCUCUCUGCUGAACUCCAACCUUGCAUCUCCAAUUGCCUUUCAGACAUGUUAAACUACUAGUAGACAUCUUAAACUCAAUAUUUCCAAAAUAGGACUGGCUAUCCCUCUCCCUUAACAGGCCUGCCUCCUACCCUAUCUAUUAAUGUAAAGGGUAAUAUCACCCUCCCAGUCCUUCUUCAGGUUCCCUACUAUCACCCCCAAUUUCCAAGUGAUUGCCAAGGCCUGUUAAUAUUACCUUUGCAACAUCUUGCAAAUCCAUCCCUUUCUCUCUUCUGACAUUGCCUACACCCUGGUGCAGGCCCUCAUCACUUCACACUUUGAUGAUUACAGUAUAAUACUGGUAGGUCAGCCUGCUUCAAACCCCUGCCUACUGUACUUCAUUCUCUCAUUAAAGUGG